AAUCGGCUCCCCGUUUACAUGCUGCAGUUUUAAAGAUGGCAGCUAAGUCUGCGGCUAAAAGGUUUUCAUCGUUCUUACAAUUGCAUUUGCCGACAUUACAAGAUAUAGCUCAAACCCAAAGCAAUUAUGUAAAAAUUGGAAUUCGAUAUUACUCCAAUUUCAGACCUGUGAAUAAAGUUUCAGCCUUUUCUAAAAACUUCCAGAAGGCGUCAUUAUCUAAGGAAAUAUAUUCAAGAUUAUUUCAAACUUCAGCUGUCUCAGAUCGAAAAGACUACUAUUCUAUUCUUGGCAUUUCCAAAAAUGCUACCAGUGCAGAUAUAAAAAAGUCAUAUUAUCAAUUGGCCAAAAAAUAUCAUCCUGACACGAAUAAAGAUUCUGGUGCUGCUGAAAAAUUUCAGGAAAUACAACAAGCUUAUGAGAUCUUAAGUGAUGCUAAAAAGCGAAAUGCAUACGACCAAUAUGGCCAAACAGAUUUUAGUGGCGCUGGAGGAGGCCCAGGUGGUCAAGAUCCAUUUGGAGCGGGAGGCCCCUUUCAAGGAAUGAAUACAGACGAUAUAUUUAAACAGUUUUUCGGAGGUCGUGCAAGUGGGUUUUCUUCACCAUUUGGAUUCGAAGAAGCGAGAGCAACACAGAACUACGUGUUGAGUUUGUCUUUCAUGGAGUCUGUUCUUGGAGUAAACAAAGAUAUUCGUGUUCAAAUGGAAUCUCUGUGUAAAAGAUGUAAUGGCAAGAAAGCUGAACCUGGAACCACUCUUCAUACAUGUCCGAAAUGUAAUGGUACUGGUCAGGAGCAUAUUUCAACUGGUUUCUUUAACAUGAUGUCAACUUGUCAACGGUGCAAAGGACAGGGCACUAUCAUAAAAGAUCCUUGCAGAAAGUGUCAUGGAAAAGGAAGUGUGUUGGAAAACAAAACCGUCACUAUCCCCGUCCCAGCAGGCAUAGAACAUGGUCAAACUGUCAGAGUUCCUGUCUCGUAUGGAGAGAUGUAUGUCACAUUUAAGGUUGCUGAGAGUAAAAUUUUCCAAAGAGAAGGCUCUGACGUUUUUUCCGACAUUUAUGUGAGCUUCGCGCAGGCCAUUCUUGGUGGUAACCUCACCGUUUCUGGUUUGUAUGGUGAUAUUGAUGUUAGGAUACAAGCUGGCACCCAGUCACAUCAACAAAUGCGUUUGAUUGGGAGGGGUAUUGCACGCUUGAAUGGACAUGGCAAAGGGGAUCAUUAUAUAAACAUCAAAAUACACUUGCCAAAAUACCUCACUGAGAGACAGAAAGAAUUGAUAACCGAGUUCGCCGAAACUGAUUUGAAUAUUCGAGGCACUGUGAAUGGCGUAGACCGGAAUAAAAAAACUAAGACAACGAAAGAAAACUCCUCCAAUUCAGACAAUGAAACCAAAGAUUUUAAAGAGAGCAAUGAAAAAACUGAGAACGAGGCAGCUGCGUCGUCAGCAGAUUUCGCAGAAGGUAAAGACGAGGGAAAAGAGAAGUUAAUCUUUAAUAUGAAGCCGGAACAGGCUCAUAGACUAUUUGCCCUUAGUGCAGUUACCUUUGGGAUUAGUCUGUUCCUCCUCACUUAUCAUCAUGUUACAACCGAUACGCAAAAGAAAGAUGACGACGAAAAGGAUAACGAUGAAAAUUCUCGAUCAGAAAACCGAGUGUAGAAAAACACUACAAAUAUCAAUUAGCAUUGUCAAUUUUUUAAUUACUUUUACGUGGAAUAUAUUUUCGUAUUUGGU